CGGAAGCUGCCCCGCAACGGGUCACGCUGCUGGAGCUCGGACUGUCUGGGGUAAAGGGCCGGAGGCUUUGUUCAGAUCAUGGAACCGACUAUGUAACCAGUCGUUUGAUCUUGGCCCAGAGUAACAAUGUGGUACAAAAGCGCCAUGGGUCGCUUAGUUUGUUGCGGCACAGGGCAGGCUGUAAGGCCACCUCUGAACCCGGUCAGCCGUUCAUUCAUGCAGGGACUUUUCGACAUGUCAAGCAGACGACGCUUUAUUUGCGGUAGAGAAACUAAGAUGUUUGAGAAGAAUACACAGAUACUUUGGGAUUACCUGCGCAUAGAUGACCCAUUACAAAAGGAAAAUCAAGCGAAUCCAUAAGUGCGUAAUCACUAGAAAAUUACUAGAAAGAAUCCCUUUAGCAAUGCCGCUACCUGGAUUUCAUGAUGAGUGAUCUCAUUUUUGUCCUUGGAAACCAAGAUCUGAGAACUGCUGACCAUGCUGCUGACCUAUAUCUCAGUGGUUUUGCUCCUCUUGUGGUUGUGUCUGGAAAGCAUGGCCAUGGAACUGCAGGCAAGUGGGAGUUGCCCGAGGCUGUUGUUUUUUCAAAUCGUCUUCUGGAGAAGAAUGUUCCAGCUUCAGCCAUCAUAAUAGAACCAGAAGCUACCAACACAGGAGAAAACAUCAUCUUCACUCAGAAACUUUUACGCAAUCUUCCCAGUCCGCUUGACCCUCAUUCUAUCAUACUUGUUCAAACACCAUUCAUGGGACGCCGGACAUAUGCCACGUUCAUGAAACAAUGGGAACGGGCAGAACUUGUUGAUGUAAGAGUGACUUCUCCUCCAAUAUCUCUGGCAGACUAUGCUUGUGAUCACUCUGCUUUCAGAAGCCAAGCAAAGUUAGUUGAAGAAAUGCUGCGAAAUAUGCAACGGAUGUUGGAAUAUCCUUUGCUUGGAUUUCAGAUUAAGCAGGAAAUACCACGUAAAGUCAUGGAGGCUUAUCAGUCUCUGCAACUGCAUUUUGACCAUAUAUAGCUUCACUAUAUUGUUUAAUAAUACAAAACAGGUAAAUUCUACUGGCUUGUGUGAUGUAGUCUUACAGAAAAAAACAAAAUUAUAAAAAUUAGUGGCUAGUUUGCCAUCUUUGUGAUGGAUAUGGUGGCUAGCUUACCGGCUUUGUGAUAUCUAAUCUGCUGACUAGUUUGCCAUCUUUGUGAUAUAUUGUGACAUAUCUGGUGACUUGCUUAGUUUGUUGCCAAACUGUAAUCUUGUAAUCAUGAAAGUGAUGUCAAGUUGGAAAUACUUGAGGGUAGAAUCUGAUCUCAGGAGUUCUUGAUAUUCUUUUUUUAAAUGUUUUAAUACAUAUUUCUUUAAUGUGUUGUACGAAUCAUCUCUGUCAUAUUAUGAAUUCCACAAUUGUUUGUAAAUGUCUUACAUUCUAUACACACAUGUACUCUUUUGGAACCAACAUAGCUGCAUGUGAUGCUUCUGAUAUUCUUGAUGACUACAGGCAAAAGCUGGUUGGUAAGCAAUCAAAUUCAAAAUGGUUACAUGGACAAAGAUGCUGGCCUAGAUGUGCUAUGUUGUUAUCCAUCCUUUAUCAGUCAUUGGUUUAGAAAGUAACUAGUCAAGCUGUGACAGAUAGCUAUGCUUCUUGCUUUGCACCGAUAAUCACAAAAUGCACAUCCUGAAAUAGCAAUCUCAAGUCUUGUAGCAGAUAGAUACAUCUUCUUUCUUAUAUUGAUAAUCAGAUGGGUUAAAUUGAAAAAAACCGCUUUAGUUGUAAUACUUCUAGAAGAUUAUGAUAUAGAUUGUACGCAACUGCAUCAAGCUAUAGAAGUUUUGGAAGAAACGUUCAAUGUUCCUGACCAAAAUACCUAUGCAUGUGUCAGAAAUGCAGAAUAAACAUCUCAUGCCCUGCA